UUACAGAGUGCGAAGACUACGUCGUCCUUGGUCGAAGCUGUAGUGAUUGAUUACCUAUUGAACAUGCUCUAAUUGGACCAUCCUGGCUUUAUUCUACUCAUACAUCACAAAUAGUCGACUAACCAGACGCCAGCCGUUGUUUGCGAGCCAAACGAAACCAUAAGUGAAGUGGUUCCUGGGUGUCUGGCCGAACCGUACUCGCUCUCUGUGUCGCUCGCGGACUCGGACAAGAGGACCGCUUCGCUGGGUGCAGCACCCAACUCUUUCACUCCCCCAAACUCGGAGCAGCUGGGAAAUCGAAACGAAAAACUACAACUCCCGUAUAUUCGGAUGUGAGCGGUGUGUGCAGUGCGCCUUUCUGACCACGGAUGAUCGUGUGUGUCCUGUCGUGACCGAGCGGCCGAAGGAGUGAGAGAGAAAGUGUUCCUGUGUGUGCAUGUGUGUACAGCUUGUGUGUGUGUGUGAAAGUAGAGAAAGUUUACCGAGCGCAAACACACCGCAGCCCGUGUAGGGAAUCGUUCGAAUUUUAGAUCAACAUAUUGGCUGCCAGGUGAUCAAGGAAGCCCGAGCCACGGAGGGAGGAGCGCUUUGCCGUGGAACGGGAUGGAUUAGUGCAAACGGUUUCGUACGAAGUGGAUUGGUUUUUGCGAUUCGAUUGGAUUCGGAAUUGAAUUUCGAGACUCUGGAAGAUAGCAAACAAAAAAAAAAAAGAAGCAAAGCGGGCGGUGUGUACAACCGGAAGCUACCAUCACCACACCGCACACGGUCGGUGAAAAGUGUGACAAAAAUCAACCAAAGCAUCACAACUGCAUACUGCUUUUCCGUUCCAGCGCGAGCGGGUGGGUGGUUGGCCACGGUGCAGGUUUAACAUACCGGAAUCGAUGUCAACAUCCGCCGUGCCGCCGGCGGGGCCAGCGAAGAUGGGUGGCGGCGCCAGUGACCGGAAGCGUCCGGCAGCUGCACCGAUGCACGCCGGGCUGAAAAUAUGUAAAAUUGAAAUCGGAAAAUGUUUGCUUUUCGUCACGCUGCUAACGAGUGUUUGCUUUCAAGGCGCCCGCGCCGACGAGGGCGAUGCUGGGGCGACCCCGGCCGAUCCGCAUCCGCCGCCAACGAACGAACCCGAAACAUCGACCGGUUGCCCACCGCCGGAUUUGAAGAUUUCCCGACCCCGCAAACAGUACGCUACCACCGAACCCCCGUUCGUCACGUUCGAGACGACGCAGAUCUAUCUGCCGCAAGAUUUCACCACCGCCGACUUUGAGCUGGUCGAGGCGGGCAAGUCGGGUACGAACGCCCUGCGCAGCCAUGCCGAGACCGGUGGCCAGAGUGGGUCCUCCUCCUCUUCCCUGCACGGCGGCGGCGGCUCCCACGACACGUCCUUCUGGUGGGAGCUGGGCAUCCAAAAUGCGGAGGUGCGCGAAUCCUUAGCGGCCGCCUCGUUUCCCGCCCGCUCCAAGCGCGCGACGGUGCCGAGUCAGCGGCAGCGGCAGCAUAACCACCACCAUCACCACCGUCGGCGCCGUCGGUCAUCGUCGGGACCGCACGACCACCUGCUCAACCUGGAGGAGCUGUCGCCGGCCAUCGUGAUCAAUAACAUCUUCAACGAGAACGACAGCGACCACAGCGUGUACGAUAAUCUGUUCCUCAACAGCGGAGCGCCGGACGCGGACGAGGUGGACGAGCGGGAGGCCGAGAACGGACCGGACGCGGGGCAGUAUCUGGACAAGAACGAGAUCGAGGGCGAAGAGAUCAUCGUCGAGAUGGGCGACAAUGGGAGCAUCAUCCGCCGGCGGGUGAAGCGCAAAUCGGGCAAGACGACGGGUGCGCUGAGCCGCGCCAAGGCGGGCAGCGGUGGUGACGGUGGCAGCAAGAGCAUCGCCCGACAUCAUAAGCAAGAUCAAACGAGUGCGGACGGCCUGGAAGCGGUCGAGCUUGCCGAGGACGGUACUGCCGGAGGUGGCGGUGACCAGCAUCAGCCGGGCGGGGGUGGCCGGGGCCAGGUCCGGGUGAAGCGCAAGUCGGGCAAAGCGACCGGUGCGCUCAGCCGGCCGAAGGGGGCCAGUGACAGUGGCAGUAAGAGUAUUAGUCGCAAUGCCAACAAAGGGCAGUACGAUGAGGAUGGCAGCUACGUGCCGCCGCUUCCCGACUCGGCCGAAAACCCCGACCGGGAGGACAAGGAAAGCGAGGAGGUCGACGAAAGCCCGGAGCUGCACCAGUUCCGGGAGGUGUCGGAGGUGCGCUUCCCGGGCGAGGUCGGACCGCUCGGCGGGCACCGGCUGUGCAAGAUCCAGUGCAUCCGGGGCCACUGGGUCGGUCCGCUCUGCGCGAUGAACGAGCACGAGCAGGACGAGCACGGCCAGCUCAAGUUCGAGCCGCUGUACAAGCGGUGCGUCGUCGAUCACAUCCCGCCCCAUCUGCUGCUGAGCUACAAGAACGUGUCGGUGGUGAGUAAAUGGACCAGCGCCAGUGCUGCUACUUCACGCUUGAACCCAUCUUCACUCUCUGUCUCUCUCUCCAAUCCACUCCCCAUGCAGACACUCGGCUGGGAUCUGCCCCACGGACACACGCUCCAGGCACGGUGCCGUGAUCUGGGCCUGUACAAGCUGCUCGGCGAGUCGAAGGUCCUCUGCUCGAACGGGCUGUGGGCACCGAAGAUGCCGUCCUGCGUACCGACGACGCUGCUAACUAAUUACUCGGACGACAGUCCACCGUCGAUCCGCAUCAAGGUGGGCGUUGGAUCGGCCGCGUACGAACCGUCGGGCGUGCUGGCCGUGCUGCCGACCAGCACCAUCCAUCUCGACUGCAUGUAUCCGCGCCGCCGCGGCUCACCGGAAUGGACCUGGACCGGUUGGUUCCGGCAGUAUCUCACCGGCUGGUCAGCGGUACCGGAGGAGAAGGCAUCUCGCUAUCGGCUCACGAUUAAGGACAUACAGAAUCAGGACUCGGGCACGUACACGUGCGCUUCCCCCCGUGGGCUAACGAACAGUAUCGUCAUCGUUGUGGCCGUGUCCCAGUGUGCCGCACUGACGGAGCCGAACCCACCGCUGUCGCUGCGGCUCGAGGGCAUCAAACUGGGUCAGCGGGCGCUGUACCGGUGUCCCCUGGGUUACAUGCUGCAGGGAACGGCCAACGCGACCUGUCUCGCUUCCGGAAACUGGUCAUCGCCGACGCCCACCUGCCAUCCGAUCCAGUGUCCCCCGCUGUUCCUGGAGGAUCCGCACCUCAGCCUGGUCGAGCUGAACACGUCCGCCUGGGGCCGGGCAGUGUUCCGCUGUGCCUGGGGCUACCGGCUAAGCGGCCCGCCCGGACUGGAAUGUGAACCGAACGGACACUGGAGUGGACCGAUACCGCGCUGCCGUGCCAUUCAAUGUCCACAGCCACUGGUUCCAAUAAACGGCAGAAUCGACGGCACCAGUGGCCUGACGACGUUCGGUCAGCGACGCUAUGCGGUCGGGGCACUGGUAACGUUCAGCUGCACCGAGGGUCAUCUUCUCGUCGGCGAGGCGUCAAUUGUCUGCACCGAAACCGGAUUCUGGUCACACCCGCCCCCGUUCUGUAAAGCGCAGUGUCCGUAUCCCGGCGAUCCACCGAAUGGUCUGAUUGCACCGCUGAAGUUCCACUACGAUCCGGGAGACUACCUGACCGUCCAGUGCCGGCCGGGCUUCGUCGAGCACGGUGCGAACGGUGGCCCCCCGGAACGUCCCCGCUGUACGCCCGAGGGCGAUUGGUCCGGGCCGGUGCCGCAGUGUCGAAGCUACGAAGAGAUUUAAGCGUAAGGCAAGGAAGCAAGCAAGGAAAAUCACCGGAAUUUCUCGUUCGAUAACCAUCUCGCAGGCAGCCCCUACAUUACCCCUUAUCGAGAGAUCGUUAACGACAUGUGUGCGUGUGUGUGUGCGUGAGAGAAUGAUAGCAAGGAUAAGGGAUGAUGUGUGAUUGCAAUCGAAAUUAAAAAGAGAAAAACUUCCCAAUAAUUACAGGCGCACAAGAGAACCCCCCCUUCUCCCCCUCCGUUCCAAACAAAAAAGAAGACACACACACACACACUGAAGAAGUGUCGAUUUAAAAGUCCUUGUGAUAAAAAGAAAUUACUUUUCUUUCCCACGUCGAUGGUAAUGAGCAAUGGAAUAUAGGGGAUUGGAACGACCAUGCAUUAUUGCCAAUCGGGUCAAAUCGGUGGCAUCGCCGGAAGAAAUUAAACAAAAAAAAGAAACCAAACCAAGGAGGCCACUACUCCACAUUGAAGUUCGCCUUCACCUUAACGAGUAAAAAGAAGAAUGAAAAAAAACAUUGAAAAAACCAAUAAUUAAAGAAAAAACACACACUCAUGCAAAAAUCUACUUAUACAUAUUUAUAAAAGUACAAGUUUAACAUACACGACGAACAACAAGGAGGAGGUGGUGUCACAGUUUGCUCGGAGAGUUGCGCACCGGUCCCUUGCCGGGACAUAGGGGUACCGGGGUACAAGUUGCGGAAAAUGGGGCGGGUGGCCGGCCGUGCGUUCCAUUAGUAUCUUGAUGAAUAGUGCCACACACCUAUAUACACACACACACAAAAGCACUGCUAUUCAACAGCAACGCAACAACAUCUCCCCCUGUUCGUAACUGUUAAAGAAUCGAGUGAACCUGAAAAAACAGGUGAAGCCUCAACAGGCCGAAUGUACGACUACUCAUUAAGGCUAAAACAGUCUCAAAAACAGGCAGGGCAAAAAGGGGGCAAAUGGGUUGAGCGUGUAGGUGGACUGAACUGAGCGUAUGUUUUUUUGUUGUUGUUGCAGAAUGAAGCAAACAACCCAUAUGAGAGGACAAAAGGGCAUAAAAAAUCGCUGUACACACACACAACCACAAACACUAGCAUUGCUCCUUUUUAGAAUACCCUCCAACACUUACCCCUUUUAGUCGGUUUUAAGACGAGAAUGGUACAGUUUAUUACAUCAACCUGCAUACUUAUAUAGUCAGAUGCAUAUUUUAAAUAUUAAAAAAAGGAAGAAAGAGAGAAAUAAGGGGUAGCAACAGCACAUCUACGAUGGAAAAGAUGAUUCAAGUGGGGCAUAACGAAGUGCGUGUUAAAGCACACUGCAUACAUCGAGGCGCAUAAAACAAAGUGUGACGAUUGCCUACAUUCAGGAGCAAAAGAAGCACGAAAGCACAAAAUGAAGCCAUUGCUCUCGCGUACAUUUGUUUGACGACUUCCGCCCCGUAACUAUCACCAUUUCAACUAAUCAAACAGCAAACAAACUGGAAAAUCACUUCUCAUCCGCCCCUUGCUUGCGUUUAUUACACUUACACGCGUAAGCUACAGAAAAAAAACCAUAUCAGCAUAACGGACGAUAUCAGACUAUUAAAACGAAUAUACGAAACCACAACUUGCAAGCAAGCAAUGUAUAAACUGGCUUCAACAUAAUUGUGUUUUUGUUUGUGUGUGAGUGCCGGGGGGCUACCCAAUCUUAAAUUAGUGUAAUAUAAAGAAAGCGCAACAGCCUCUUCACAAUGCUAUACAUAUUUUAUCUUUACCCCAAAGAACAUACAAGCAGAAACAACAACUAAAACCAUAUCUCUCUUUAACAAACACACACACACACACACACACACGCGAAAGCUACUAACAACACACUCUAUGCUGACUGUCACGAUCGGCUGUAUGUAUGAACCUUGAGCAGAACCCAGAAUCAAAAUGUCUACACACAAACUAGAAGAAAAAAACCCAGUAAACCCCGAUGCGAUUAGUUUAAUGCAAAAAGGAUACAUAUUUACAAGCAAAGUCUAAAGCGAACAGUGCAGCAGAAGAAAUACAUCAUCGAGGAGUAGGAACGGAAUUAGUACACGCGAAAAUAGAAGCCUAAAACCUCUAGGAAAAGAGAAAAAAGGGGGAAUCAUCGGGAAGUGUGUGUGCAACACAACCGGCAACGGGAUUAUAUCAGCAACCUUCCUAGUACGACACGUUACACUUCGGAAGCGCCUUUCAUACGCACUCAUUAAGGCUCCGACUGUAAAGUGAGUGGUGGUGUUAAAAUCAGAAAAGGCAGGAACCUCAUUAGUGUGAGAGUGCAGUGUGGUGUUGUUGGUUUGAGGAUUUCAGUUCCUUUGAAACGCAUCCAACCGUUGCUGUUGUGCAGUGCGUUAAGCUCUUGCGUCCCGUUGCCCUGGUAACGCACGUGGUUUUGAAGCGCAUUUGAUCGAAUGCGCGUGGAGUGUGGUGUUUUUAAUUGGCCUCACGAUGAUUACAGUGCUGGUGGGUGUGAAUGCAUGGCAAGGCAUUACAUUACUUACGUUUGUUGUCAACUUGAUAUUGAAUCACUUAAAUUAAGCUUAAAUCAAGCACCCUCCAACACACACACACUCACGCA